GCGCUCAGACCAGACCUUAGUCAGUGUGCCGGUGGCCUCCCGAGCGAAGCGAGCGUAUCUUUGUAGUACACGUGUGCUUUUGUGCACUGCAUUUGCGCGUUUUCCGCACAGAUAUCGCGCGUUUUAACCCUCUUACACGCACACACACACGUGUAGUUUCGAAAGAAAAUGUGACAAAAGCUCGACGGCGCUGUUCGUUUGCUAUUGCGCGCGCAUUCUUGCUGUGUGCACGAUAUUUUGAUUUCUCGAGGAAGGAAAAAAAUAUAAGGGAUAAGCAAUGUCGAGGUGGUGUGUACUGGUGUUAUUGCUCGCGACGACGUUGUGCCGUGGAGAUGACGAUAACGAGUUACAUGAUUAUUGCUCGAUGCAUCGGUUUGAGAAUCUACCCGGUGGACUAAGGUUUACCAAGGAAGUGAUCGACACAGAGUACGCAAAUGUCGGAGCUUUCAAGGCGAUUCAUUGCUGUCUUCGCGGUUAUCGCAGCAUCGAAUGGUACAAAGACAGCCGUCCAUACCCGUGGCCGGGCGGCGAGAGCAGCUUCAUCUUGUAUCCGGAGAGCGCCAAUCAGACGAUCUACACGCAGCUGGCGAGAUCCAGCGACGCUGGCCGCUACUCCUGUCGCGCGCGCAACGACACCAACAGCCUCGAGGGCGACAUCACUCUCCAAGUAUUAGGCGAAGUUACGCACGGCUACAAAGGAAGACCGUUGCCAACUUACAGACCAUCGUCGCAGCUCGUGCCAUUGGCGGGCACAGCGAGAUUGUUCUGCGAAGCUUACAUUGGGCGCGCUUACGUGCCAGACGCACGCAAUUCCGUCACCUGGAGGAAGGCCGACAGCAACGACACGUUGCCUAGUCAUGGACGCGUCUCGCAGUAUCGCGUUUCCAGAGAGGACGACCAGAUCGUAGGCUCGUACCUGGUGAUCGAGGACAUCACGCUGGAGGAUUACGGCGAGUAUCUGUGCCAAGUGAGCAACGGGGUCGACGACGACGACAUCAAGUUGCCCGUUCACCUCUACCGGCAAGAGCCGCAAUUUGGCCUAGGACUGCACAGCGGCCAGUGGCACAGAGUGCUGCUGACGACCGUGCUGGUGCUGAUGCUGCUGUCGUCCGCGGUGGCCUUCUACGCGCGCUGCUGGCUGCCCCUGACGCUCUACUGCCGCGACAAGUUCGGCCCGCUCGAGGAAAACGAUGGCAAGGAGUGCGACGUGCUGGUGUGCUACCACGAGAAGGACUCGAACAUCGUGGUCGGGAUCAUCGUGCCCACCCUGGAGACGAGGCACCGAUACAAGUGCACCCCGCUCGAGCUGUCGAGCUUGAGCCAGCACUGGAGCCUCGAGAUAGGUCCGCACACGACGACGGCCCGCCGAGUGAUCGUCCUGCUGAGCCCGGAGGCGCUGAACUCGAACUGGACCGAGGCCUCGGUCGGCCACGUGCUCAAGCAGCUGUCGGGCCUGGGUAGCCGGACGAUCGUGAUAACGCUGAAGGAGCCGCCGGCGACCGCGUCGAAGCGGAGCCAGAGCGCGCUGCGCAGCCGCGCCACGGCCCUCGCGCGCAGCCCGACGACGCUGCGCUGGCGGGAGGCCGACGAGCGCGAGUUCUGGUACAGGCUGAGGCUCGCUCUGCCGGCCGUGCGGCCGGGCAGGAGGGAGCGCAAGAACGACAGCGUGGCCAUGAUCGUCCAGCCGGAGGGCCGCUCGCGGGAGAGCCUCGAGGUUCUCGUCUAGGAUCGCUCGACCUCGACCCCAUUGCGCGUGUGCGCGCGUGGCCCGGCCCGUGUUCUCUUCGCUCCUCGCUCCUCGCUCGGCGCUGUCGGGGCGGCUCUCCUCGGCCGACCGGAUUGCGAUCUACGAUCAGGCUGUACCGAGGGUUUCUCUUGCGCUGUCGAAGACGGAGCCAUGCCUUCGAUGCGAGAUCAGCAAUAAAAUCUUGAAUCAUCGUUCGAGUCUCAAAGCCAAUCCCGAAUGAUUUUGUACAGUAAUGGAUAUAUACCGAGCAAUGCCGAGCGGAUCCGGACGAACACGAUCUGUUAGGAUUAAGUUUUUUGCGAUUUGGCGAAAAACGAUAAAACACGCGCGUUCGUUGAGAGACAUAUAACUGUAAAUAAGGCGUGAGAACUCGUAGAGUCAGUUAUUUCAGAGGGGAAACAAAACCAGUGUAAUAAUGUCGGAAAGUUCGAAAACAAAUUUCAAGUAUGCGCUCUUCAAAUGUGCGCGGAGAUUGUAAAAACUAAAAUGAUUUAUCAAGAGAGAAAGAGAGAAUUUACCUAAUAAAUUUUAAGUUAGUUCUUUGAUUUUGUACUUACAUUUUGGUUUCUUUUUAUGAUUAUUCGGUAGAGAGUCUUGAGAUUUUUUUCUCAUUGCGUUACGUAGUCGCACUUGCGCAUUAGAUUUAAAUUACGCGAAAGCUAUCUACAUAAAUAUAUUUUUUUAAUAAGUAAAAGUACAGAAGGAUCUUUAAAUUCAUGAUGAUGCUGAACUAACUUGAAUUUAACGUUAAUUUCUACUUAGAUAUUCUUUGCUUAAGGAAACAACCUCGAAAAUUUACCAUACUGCUAGAAAGACUGCAUUUGAAAGUUUGAUUUCGAAAUUCUCGAAUAUCAAAAGUGGUAUGAGUAAUAUACUUUUAAAAAGAAAAAUAAAGGAAAAAAGAAUUGACAAUAUGAUUGUCAUAAAUGUAACUUCUUUUUGGAACUUUUUGAACCAGGUUUUUUCUUAUGAAUUGUAAAAAUGUCAAUGUCAAUUAAAAAGUUUUCACGAUUGUUUUUACACGCGAAUGUUUUACCGAAAAUAUCAUUGUGACGUACAAUUCGAAAGUUGGUUCAUAAAAGCUCCCCUAGCGUUCACGUACUAACCGUCGCAUAAUUGUUGCAACAAGUAUACUUUUGUGCGUGUUUAUUGUAUACGAUUCAGGUAGCGAGCUAACAAUACGAAGUAAAGUUGCUUAAAAACAAUGAUCGCCUGAGAUGAAAGACCGAGUUUAGGAAAACAUUUUUAGGGAGAAUGCAAUUAAUUGAUAGUGGCAAUGCGAUAAAAAAGUAAAUUUGUUGAUAUGUAAUAAAUUAUAAUAGAUGUUGAUGAGCAAAUGUUGCGAAAACUCAUAUAGUCGUGAUACAUACUAGCAAAUUUGUUUUUCUUUCUGAAAAUGAAUUGAUAUUCCCUUGUUUCACUUUUACUAGUAAAAUCAUCAUUUAAUCGACGUAACAAGUAAUUCCAGAGUAUUAUUGUUGCCAGCGAAAAGAGAAAACUGCCUAAUUUGAAAUUGCGUCACCUUGCGGCCAAACGGUCUUCCCUGAGACGAUUACUUGCGUCCAAUUUGUACAUAUGAAACAAACUUAAACUCUAAAUUGAAAAUAAGCGAAAGUUGGCGCGAAAAUGCCCAUAUUUAUUGGAGCAUAAAUGUCAGUGUAUUAUUUAUAAAUUUAUUUUGUAAUUUUAGGCAAAUUGUUUCCAACUGAGCCGUCUCCGGCUUCGAGAUUCACUUUUUUUAUGAGACGAGACAUGCGAAUCAGUGUCUCGUACAUUUGUACUCGUUUUAUGUGCUAUACAAUAUCUUUAUAGAAAAUCGAACAUGAUACAAAAGAAAAAUUUAUCUGAUUUCGCGCAUCAAAAGAUAAAUUUUACUCAAGUACUGUUUUAUUUUAUUUGUUAUUACUGCGAAAAAUGAUGAAUCGAAGGCACUCUUAUACACGUAUAUGUAUUUUAUAAGAUCCCCUCGUCGUUAGUUAUAAGUAUUUUAGUCAUAAGAAUUGCAUCGAUAUCAAUAGUUUAAAUAAUUGGAGUUUAUUUAAUUUGCUCUCUAACGUUCAAUGCGAAAAUUCAGUUGUGAUACUUUUCCGUCUAGUUUCAGAGUACAGGUGAAAUUUAUUUUAGAAGUAUGACGGGAAUAAUUUCAAUAUUGUUAUGUAUUCAAGUAUUUUAUACCGACUGAAACAGACUGAUAAGCUUAUUUAUACUGAAAGUAACAACAAGUAAUUUUAGUUGAUUAACGUGCUUGAUUAACGGAUUUAGACUGAAAUGGCAACGAUAUUCGCAUUCAGCGUGAGGUAGCAGAAUUGCCAACAGUUGAUGAACUUCAUUUUUCAGCAACUAAUAAUCUCUUUACUGACAGUAUUACCAUACACUAGCACGUACUUGACUCAAUGAUAUUGCAACUAGCAGGGGAAAUGCGCAUUUGAAAUUGAUGAAAAAGGUUGAAUCGAAUUUUUCAUAAUUUUCAUUUGUUGGAUGGUGUAAACAAAUAAAGAUAUGAUGUUCGACUCGACGUACGCUAAUUCAAAUGUAAAUUUCUGAUAGCAAGUUACUGUGAGUUGAGUUCGACCAGAGUAAUAGUUUUUAGCUAACACAUCAUUAUCUCUAUUUCAAAAUCAUCCUUUCGAUGCAAUUAUCUCUUUCAUUCCUUUAUGUUUCAAAUACAUCGAUGUUCGAAUAAAUUCUCGUGUGAUAAAUAUUGCAUAACAUAAGUGAUUUUUUUUUACUUACAACUAGCCUAAUGAUUAAUUGUCCCUUCGCAUUUUGGGAUAUAUACCGGUAUCUUGCAACUUUUACUGUCUUUGUAUUGUACUUUUAUAAUCAUUAUUU